AAGCGCUCCCUUUUUCUCUUUUGCCAUCCUCCGAAUACAAUCCAACUACCCACCUAACAAUGGCCAGCAUACAAGAGGCCAGAAAGCAAAUGGAUUAGCAAGAAAUUUGAAUGUUUUUGAAUUCCGCUUGGGCUGUAAGGAAUGCCGUGUCAUCACAGUCACCUGAUCCUAAUGACAACAAUAAAAGUUGGACCCUGGCCUCCAUUAAAGGAAAUAUAUCAGCCUGUUACGAUAACUCUUUACCUGCAAAAUUAAGUCUGAGUCUGCGAAACUGAAGUAUGAAUUCAGGAAAUAUGCAGCAGCAGCAACAGGCCAGAGAAGGUAGCGAGACCAAAGAGCCUUCUGCCCAUAUUCCAGUCGUCGAUUUCUCCGAUUGGAAAACAGACAGUCCGCCAGAAAAAAGGAUGAAAGUCGCCAAAGAGAUCGUGUCGGCAUGUCAGAAUGUCGGCUUUGCAUAUAUUAUCAACCAUGCCAUUCCCAGAGAGCGUUUGGCUGAGGCCUUUGCAUGGUCAAAAAAGUUUUUCGACCUCUCGCCUGAGCAAAAGCUCCAGGCACCACAUCCAGAUGGCUCCUCGAUCCAUCGGGGAUAUUCCUGGCCAGGUCUCGAAAAAGUAUCACAGGCAAUGGGUGAUAAGGCCAUGCCAGAGUUAGUGAAGGAGCUGCGAGAGAUUACCGAUUAUAAGGAAAGCUAUGACAUGGGAAGCGAGGAGGAUUCCUAUCAGCCAAACGUCUGGAUUCCCGAAGAGACACUUCCCGGCUUCCGAAGCUUUAUGAUGGAGUUCUACUGGGAAUGCUUCGCCGUUGCUAAGGAUAUUCUUAGAGCAAUAUCCGUUGGCAUUGGUCUUGAAGAUGCGAAUCAUCUUAUCAAAUUCCACUCUGGUAAUAAUAACCAACUUCGCCUCCUCCACUAUCCUCCCUUACCGGCCGCGGCGUUGGAGAACGAACAAUGUGCUCGUAUGCCUGCUCACACAGAUUGGAGCUCUAUAACAAUGCUCUUCCAGGAUGAGUGUGGCGGUCUAGAAGUUGAAGAUAUCAAGCGGCCAGGCCAGUUCAUUCCAGCCACCCCGAUUAAAAACGCCAUUGUCAUGAAUGUUGGAGAUCUCCUCCAAAGAUGGAGCAAUGAUAACCUUCGUUCAACUUCCCACCGUGUCACUAUGCCGCCCCUAGCAGAUCGGCUUGAUGGACCCAAUCGCAUGGUUAGGGAACGUUACUCUAUCCCGUAUUUCAUCGCCCCGGACCCAACGUCAGUUAUAGAAUGUCUUCCUAGCUGCACUAGCCCAAGUAAUCCAUCCAAAUAUCUUCCCAUUACCCAGAGUGAAUAUAACAGAAUUCGGGCCAUGAUGCACUACCCAGAUAAAGCUACUGAACCAGGGAGUGGAAAAGUUUAUUGAGAAUGAACAUUUAACAAAAUCGGUGAGUGUCAGUUUUGACCUCGCCAUAACAAAAGUCCAUUUCCACAUGCCUUAACCCUGAAGAAUGUAUUUCCAUACUCAAGCCAAAUCCUCUUUGAAUAGUUUCUGGAACAUGCUUGUCAGUAGCUUUGGAUUUUAGUUGUUCGUCUCCUGAACCAUUACUGGCGUAUCGCAAUCCUUACCUGAUAGCAAUGAAAUUGGAAUGAAAUCUAUAUGUUUAAUUCCGCAUGUUUUUAUUACUUUCUGCUGUGUAUAUUUGAAUCCGCCUCUACGUAGGGGGGCCUUCAUAUUCGUGACAUUCAUCCUUCUAAAUCCUUGGGGUCGCACCGUAUUUGAUGCGCAA